AUGAAAAAUCGUAUUUCAAUAUCAUCUAAACUUGAAACAUUUCCUAAUGAAAUAUUCUUUGAAAUCUUUGAUCGUCUUUUACCAAGUGAUUUAUAUCAAGCAUUUUAUGGACUUAAUACUCGUUUAAAUACAAUAUUAAACGAUUCUCGUAUGCGUUUUCGUGAUAAUAUAUCAUCUCUUAAUUCAAAAGAAUUUCAUUCUUAUAUUCAAAAUAUUCUUCCUCAAAUUCUAAAUCGUCUAGUUUCAUUUACAUUUGGAACAUAUGAUACUGAUGAGUACCAACAAGCAAGUUGUUUUUUACAUACAUAUUCUAUUGAUUUAACACAUUUUCAACAUCUUCGUACGUUAGUUAUUAUUAAAAUGACAAUAUCUGAUGUACAAAUUAUACAAUCAGCAGUGAUUCGUCUCAUUCAUCUUGUUAAUCUACGUUUAUCAGUUGAUAGUAAUGAUGUUGGAAGAUUAUCAGUUGUGAAUAUUACAAAUGAUUUAUUACUUGGUUCUCGAUUAAAACAUGUUAAAAUGGAUAUGUGUGCUCGAAUAGUAUUUGAAAAUAUCAAUCAAAUAUCUAAUAUAGAACAAUUAUCAAUUGUAUGGUGUCAAUUACAAGAAUUAACACAUUUACUUCAAUAUACACCUCAAUUAUAUACACUUAAAGCAACAGUUUCUGGAUUAAACAAUUCACAAAAUUGGAUUGAAAAAUUUCCUAUAAAUUUUACUCAACAAUAUAAUCUUCGUUUACGUUCACUUAAAUUAGUUAUUGAUUCAAUUUUAUUUGAUCAUCUUCUAUUAUUUCUUCAACAAUUAACUGAAUUACGAUCACUUUGGUUAUUAUUAAAUCAUUAUGAAUAUAUGAAUGUUGAUAAAUGGGAAAAUCUUUUUAAAUCAUCUUUAGUAAAAUUAGAUCAACUUGAUUUAACAAUUGCAUUAAUGAAACCAAUUCUACCAGUACAAACAAUUUUAUUUUCAACACCAUCUUUAAUAUGUGAAAAAUUUAAUACGAAAUUUUGGUUUGAUCGAGGAUGGUGUGCUAAACUUCAUGAAUAUGACCAUUGUAUACGAUUAAUUGUAUUAAAUAAUAUGAUAUCGACAAUAAAAAGACUUAAACGACAAUAA